UACUAAAAAUAAACCCUAGCCGCUCUAUCGUCGUCUUCGUUCUCUCUUUUUGUUCUCAGUCUCUGUUCUUAGAUCUCUUGUAGUUUUCAAAUCUUCCGAUAAGAAUGUCUGGUAAAGGUGAAGGUCCCGCGAUCGGUAUCGAUCUAGGUACUACUUACUCUUGCGUUGGAGUAUGGCAACACGACCGUGUUGAGAUCAUUGCCAAUGAUCAAGGAAACAGAACCACCCCAUCUUACGUAGCUUUCACCGACUCCGAGAGGUUGAUCGGUGAUGCCGCUAAGAAUCAGGUCGCCAUGAACCCUGUUAACACAGUUUUCGACGCUAAGAGGUUGAUCGGUCGCCGUUUCAGCGACAGCUCUGUCCAGAGUGACAUGAAAUUGUGGCCAUUCAAGAUUCUUCCAGGACCUGCCGACAAGCCAAUGAUCUACGUCAACUACAAGGGUGAAGAGAAACAGUUCGCUGCUGAGGAGAUCUCUUCCAUGGUUCUUAUUAAGAUGCGUGAGAUCGCUGAGGCCUACCUUGGUGUCUCUAUCAAGAACGCCGUUGUCACUGUUCCUGCCUACUUCAACGACUCUCAGCGUCAAGCCACAAAGGAUGCUGGAGUUAUUGCUGGUUUGAACGUUAUGAGAAUCAUCAAUGAGCCCACAGCCGCAGCUAUUGCCUACGGUCUUGACAAAAAGGCAACAAGCGUUGGAGAGAAGAACGUUCUUAUCUUCGAUCUUGGUGGUGGUACUUUUGAUGUCUCUCUUCUUACCAUUGAAGAGGGUAUCUUUGAGGUCAAGGCAACAGCUGGUGACACCCAUCUUGGUGGGGAAGAUUUCGACAACAGAAUGGUCAACCACUUCGUCCAAGAGUUCAAGAGGAAGAGCAAGAAGGACAUCACUGGUAACCCAAGAGCUCUUAGGAGGUUGAGAACUGCCUGUGAGAGAGCAAAGAGGACUCUUUCCUCCACUGCUCAGACCACCAUCGAGAUUGACUCUCUAUACGAGGGUAUUGACUUCUACUCCACCAUCACCCGUGCUAGAUUUGAGGAGCUUAACAUGGAUCUCUUUAGGAAGUGUAUGGAGCCAGUUGAGAAGUGUCUCCGUGAUGCUAAGAUGGACAAGAGCACUGUUCACGAUGUCGUCCUUGUUGGUGGUUCCACCCGUAUCCCUAAGGUUCAGCAAUUGCUUCAGGACUUCUUCAACGGCAAAGAGCUUUGCAAGUCUAUAAACCCCGAUGAGGCUGUUGCAUAUGGUGCUGCCGUCCAGGGAGCUAUUCUCAGUGGUGAAGGAAACGAGAAGGUUCAAGAUCUUCUGUUGCUCGAUGUCACUCCUCUCUCCCUUGGUUUGGAAACUGCCGGUGGUGUCAUGACCACUUUGAUCCCAAGAAACACAACAAUCCCAACCAAGAAGGAGCAGGUCUUCUCUACCUACUCAGACAACCAGCCUGGUGUGUUGAUCCAGGUGUACGAAGGAGAAAGAGCCAGAACCAAGGACAACAACCUUCUCGGUAAAUUUGAGCUCUCCGGAAUCCCACCGGCUCCACGUGGUGUGCCUCAGAUCACAGUGUGCUUUGACAUUGACGCCAAUGGUAUCCUCAACGUUUCUGCUGAGGACAAGACCACCGGACAGAAGAACAAGAUUACCAUCACCAAUGACAAGGGUCGUCUCUCCAAGGAUGAGAUUGAGAAGAUGGUUCAAGAGGCAGAGAAGUACAAGUCUGAGGAUGAGGAGCACAAGAAGAAGGUUGAAGCCAAGAACGCUCUUGAGAACUACGCUUACAACAUGAGGAACACCAUCCAGGACGAGAAGAUUGGUGAGAAGCUUCCCGCAGCAGACAAGAAGAAGAUCGAGGACUCUAUUGAGCAGGCGAUUCAGUGGCUCGAGGGUAACCAGUUGGCCGAGGCAGAUGAGUUUGAAGACAAGAUGAAGGAGUUGGAGAGCAUCUGCAACCCAAUCAUCGCCAAGAUGUACCAAGGAGCUGGUGGUGAGGCCGGUGGACCAGGUGCUGGUGGAAUGGACGAUGAUGCUCCUCCUGCUUCAGGCGGUGCUGGACCUAAGAUCGAGGAGGUCGACUAAUCUGUUGGAUCAUGACCUCUCUCUCUUUAUCUCUCUAUCUUUACUUUGGAUCGUUUAAGACUUUUUUUUAAUCUCGGGCUUAUUUGAAGGAGCCCAUUUUGUGUUUUAUUUGGUUAGCUUUUUUGAACAAUGCCUGGUUAUUCCAGCUACGAUGACGGAUAAUAUCAGAAGUUUUCUAUAUUCUCUACUCCGUAUGACUUUCCAACUUUA